CAAAAAGAGAAGGGGAGAAGCAUGAAUGAUCUCUGUGCUGUGCCAACAGAUCCACAGCUCCUCCUCCCUUGGUUACAACCCAUAAAUCACCUUUCCUUCUUUUCCGCCAUCAGUCCAAAUCGUCAACUCUCUUAAGCUUUCUUCGUCUCUCUUAGAACCCUUCUCCAGAUCUCUUUCUCUCUCUAAACCCCCCUUAGUUCUGCCUCUGCAUUUCUCUAGAUCUCUCUCUCUCUAUACGUAUACAUACACAAAGCAUUUUGUGUUGAGUGUAUGUGAAUACAAAUUCAGAUGGGUAAAGCUUCAGUACUUAUUUACGUGAUCGUAGCUGCAUUAAUUCUCUUUCUCGUCUCUCACUCCCCCAAGAAACCCACGAACCACCGUCACCGCCGCCUCAAAUUGCGUUCUGCUUUCAAUUUCAAGCCCGCCCACCAUGAACCCGUACCCUUUGACCCACUGGUCGCUGACAUGGAACGCCGCCGCGAGGAUAAGCAAUGGGAGAAGGAGUACUUCGAGCACGCCCAUCCCGAGUUUAAGGACCACGACUCUGCACCAGGCCAUGAGUCACAGCCCGAGUGGGAGGACUUCAUGGACGCCGAAGAUUAUCUCAACGAUGAGGAGAAGUUCAAUGUCACUAAUAGGUUGCUAAUUUACUUAGCUUAUAACUUUCAGUGAAUUCUUUAAAUCUUU